UCCCACUGCUUCUUCUUCUCUUUCCACUCAACCCCCUCGUGUGCUCCUUCUCCCUCCAUUAAUGCCCCUUUCUCUCUCUCUCUCUCCCUCUUUUUCUGUCUAGAACUCUCUAUAUAUAAACACACAUACAUAUACAUACAUAUCUACACUACUAAUAAGUUAUUUUUAAUACCAAUAAUAACCUUAGCCUUUUACAUUUUCCCAUGUCUUCUUUCACAUCACUACUCUUCUCUUGUGCAGCCAUCGCCGCCUUCCUCAUCCUCCUCCGGCGGUGGCGCUACCGCCGUCUCCGCCUCCCUCCGGGGAGCCUUGGCCUCCCCUUCAUCGGCGAGACUCUACAGCUCAUAUCAGCAUACAAGAGCGACAACCCAGAGCCCUUCAUGGAUCGAAGAUUGAACCGGUACGGUCUAGUCUUCACGACUCACGUGUUCGGAGAACCGACCGUGUUUUCGGCGGAACCGGAAAUGAACCGGUUCGUUCUUGCGAACGAAGGGAAGCUCUUCGAGUGCAGUUACCCCGGUUCGAUAUCGAACCUUUUGGGAAAGCACUCGUUGUUGCUGAUGAAGGGGAAUCUUCACAAGAAGAUGCACUCACUAACGAUGAGUUUCGCGAAUUCUUGGAUCAUAAAGGAUCAUCUUUUGGUUGAUGUGGACCGGCUCAUACGGCUCAACUUGGAUUCUUGGUCCGACCGGGUUCUUCUCAUGGAAGAGGCCAAGAAGAUAACAUUUGAGUUGACAGUGAAACAACUAAUGAGCUUUGAUCCAGAUGAAUGGACUGAGAAUCUAAGGAAAGAGUACGUUCUUGUGAUUGAAGGAUUCUUCACUCUUCCAUUCCCUCUCUUCUCCCCUACCUACCGUAGGGCCAUCAAGGCAAGAACGAAAGUGGCGGAGGCACUAACAUUGGUAGUGAGGGAGAGAAGAAAAGGGAGUGAAAGUGAUGGGAACAGAAAGAAGGACAUGCUUGGGGCACUGUUGGCCUCCGGGGAGCAAUUUUCCGACGAGGAAAUAGUCGAUUUUAUGUUGGCUUUGCUCGUCGCCGGCUACGAAACCACCUCUACCAUCAUGACUCUUGCCGUCAAGUUCCUCACUGAGACUCCCCUUGCCUUGGCUCAGCUCAAGGUAUGCAAUAUAUUUACUUGCUAUAGAAGAUAA